UCCUAGACUGCUGCAGAAAACGUUUUGGUGUGACGCAAACCAGAAGCUGAAAGGGAUUAGGGGGCGGGACCAAUAAUAAUUGUAAAUGUGUGACUCGAAGACAGUUUUCUAAAUGUAAACACAGCCUAAUAAAACGGGUUGCAGAUCUUCUGUUUUACUUAUUCUCAGCUGUUUUACAGCGGGGAUGCUUAAUCAACAAAGGUCUUUAUCUGAACUCCCAAAGAUGUCGGGUGCAAGCCAAGCUGAGAGAGCUGUUUUGGAGGAGGAGUUUAACUGGUUGCUGAAGGAGGAGGUCCAUGCCGUUCUGAAGCAGCUCCAGGAUAUUCUCAAGGAGGCCUCCAGACGGUUCUCCAUGCCCAGCCCUGGUCUGGAGAGUCAACUGAAGCAGGAGAACUUCAUCCUAGGCAGCUCAACCAUGGACCAAGUGAAGGGAGUGCUGACACUACAGGGAGAAGCCCUCACUCAAGCUGACAUAAACCUAAAAUCUGCUAAAAGCAACCAAGUAAUGCAUUUCACUUUCAGGGAAGAAAAACAGUGGAAAUUGCAACAGAUCCAGGAUGCUAGAAACCACGUAAACCAGGCCCUGCAGCUGCUGAGCAGUAGAGACGACAGCUACCAUUUUAAGACCGGGGCUGAGGUUAACAAGCUGAUGGAUGCGGUGAUGCUCCAGCUGACGAGGGCUCGUAACCGCCUCACCACUCCCGCAUCCAUGACCCUGCCGGAGCUGGCCACCAGCAGCCUCAUGAAAAUGUUCUCUCCCCCGAUGCCAGGGGACGUGAUGGUGAACUUCUACAUCAACCUGAGUAAGCUGUGUCUGACCGUCUACCACAUCCACGCCAUGCAGCCAAACACAACAAAGAACUUCAGGCCAUCUGGCAGUUCAGUUUUACACAACCCCGGAGCGAUGUUUGAGCUGAACAACGCCAAGUUUGAAGUGAGCCAUGUCCAGAAGGUGGAGUGUGUGGUUCCCUGGCUGAACGACACCCUGGUUUUCUUCACCAUUUCACUGCAGCUCUGCCAGCAGCUCAAGGACAAGAUUGCAGUCUUCUCUAGCUUCUGGAACUACCGGCCUUUCUAAGCACCUGCAGCUGUCUAAAAUAAGACUUUGAAAUGGCCUUCUUUCUCCAUCCAUCCAAUCAACCAACCAGUGCAGAUACAAGGGAUGUGUUGACCAUUGAUUAAUUUAAUUAAGGCACUUAAAAAGAAAACUAAUAUUAUUUUCAUUGAAUUAAUUGUGAAGACUUGAAGUGUUGUUUGUAUAAUUUACAGAAUAGCCGGAUCACCAUCUAUGUACAUUACCAGUGUUUCAUGUCCCAGGUUUCAGGGACCAUUAAAUGUUAUUGCUGCUUUAACCCCCUACUAAAUCUUACCUCUGGACAGGGUCUGGGUUAAUUCCAAGUCAGUAGUAGUGUAUUGAAAUGUAUUUUAUUUUCAGUAUUACACUCCCUGAAUGUAAAUGGAAUUGACCCUUCAUAGCCUUGAGGUCUGUACCCAUCUGUUAAGAUCUGAGAAGGAUUCAAUGCCAAAGAAUAGGUUAGAGGACACAUUCCUAUAUGGCCCAUCUUUGAGUCUCUGAGGGCAGGGACAUCGUCAUUUCAGGCAUAUUCCAGUUUAAUGUAGUCAAGUGGGUGGGAUAUAUAACUUCAUCCUUUCUGAUCUGACGGUUGGACAUGACUCAGACUGGGUCAUCAGGCAGAAUCAAUCAAAGUCCCACCCAGUUUAAGCAGUUAGGGUUAAGUUGAUUAUUAAAAUGGAGGAUGCCAUCAAAAGUGAUUUAGAUGCAAAGAUUUUAAGAACUACUGCCCUCUGACCAACUCUGUGGAGUAAGCAAUAUGGCAAAGCUUCUUCCUAGCCUAUCGGGUGAAAGCAGUAUGGCAGUAGGUCCUACCUUGCACUCCGAUAGGCGAAGUGGAUGUUUCAUGAUAUUGUCUACA